GGAGGAAAUUAUGACCGUCGUCCACCACAGGUUCAAGUCAGUUUGAGGUCGAGUGGAAGACAUGGCGAUGACAAGUCAGACGUCCUGUUCCUCGAUGAGUAACCACACUAAGGAGAGGGUCACCGUGGCCAAAGUGACCCUGGAGAAUUUCUAUAGUAACCUCAUAUCACAGCAUGAGGAAAGAGAGAUGAGGCAGCAGAAGUUGGAGAAGGUCAUGGAUCAAGAGGGACUAGCUGAUGAAGAGAAGUGUAUCCGGCGGUCUGAGCAUGCCAGGAAAGAGACUGAGUUUCUCCGUCUCAAACGAACGCGGCUUGGACUAGAGGACUUUGAGUCACUCAAAGUGAUUGGUCGUGGAGCUUUUGGAGAGGUGCGUCUAGUUCAGAAGAAGGACACGGGCCAUGUUUAUGCAAUGAAAAUAUUACGUAAGGCUGAUAUGCUUGAGAAAGAACAGGUUGGUCAUAUUAGAGCAGAAAGGGAUAUUCUUGUAGAGGCAGACAGUCUGUGGGUGGUCAAGAUGUUCUACAGCUUUCAGGAUAAAAUGAACCUCUACCUCAUCAUGGAGUUUCUGCCUGGAGGUGAUAUGAUGACUUUGUUGAUGAAGAAAGACACUUUAACAGAGGAGGCAACACAGUUCUAUAUUGCUGAAACAGUGCUGGCUAUUAAUUCCAUUCACCAGCUGGGCUUCAUUCACAGAGACAUCAAACCAGACAACCUGCUGCUGGACUCAAGAGGCCAUGUUAAGUUGUCUGAUUUUGGCUUAUGCACUGGUCUAAAGAAAGCUCACCGCACAGAAUUCUACAGAAACCUCAAUCACAGUCUUCCAAAUGACUUAACCUUACAAAACAUGAAUUCAAAGAGAAAAGCAGAAACAUGGAAGAGGAAUAGAAGACAGCUGGCCUUUUCGACUGUUGGAACGCCUGACUACAUCGCCCCAGAGGUUUUUAUGCAAAACGGAUAUAACAAGCUCUGUGAUUGGUGGAGUCUGGGGGUCAUUAUGUAUGAGAUGCUGAUAGGUUACCCUCCAUUUUGCUCAGAAACACCUCAGGAGACAUACAGGAAGGUGAUGAACUGGCGGGAAACUUUGACCUUUCCUCCCGAGGUCCCAAUUUCAGAGAAAGCCAAAGAUCUCAUCCUCAGGUUCUGUUGUGAGAGUGAGAACAGGAUUGGAGCCACUGGAGUGGAAGAGAUAAAGAGCAACCAUUUUUUUGAGGGGGUGGACUAUGACCAUAUCAGGGAGAGACCUGCAGCCAUUCCAAUUGAGAUCAAAAGUAUUGAUGACACCUCCAACUUUGACGAGUUCCCUGAUUCAGACAUUCUACAGCCUUCUGCUCCUGUUGUAUCCAACCACACUGAGGCGGAUCUAAAGAGUAAAGAUUGGGUGUUCAUCAACUAUACAUAUAAGCGCUUUGAGGGGUUGACCGCACGAGGAGGCAUUCCAACAUACAUGAGAACUGGGAAGAGAUAGACCAAGUGGGAAUCAAUAACAUGCUGAUAUCUUGCAGUAGUUCAAGACCUUCUCCAUCACUUCUAGCAUCUGAAGGACCCUGCAUCAUCUGUUUCCUAUUUUUAUUCAAUCAGUCAUGACUCAUUCAUGGAUGUAGACUCCACCCGCCCUUAAUCUAUAGAAAGACUCAUUCAGAGUUUACCUAAGGGCUUUUUUUUCUGAUUGAAUGUAGUCACUGGGCUUUUCCUUUAUCAUUCUUGAGGAUUUAAGUCUUUGGGCAAUCACCUUUGAGGUUGCCAAGUCUUGUAAAAUAUUUUUUCCAGUACACCGUUGCAGUGAUAAGGGCUUGAACAUUAGCUUGUUUAGACCCCUUUCAGGUCUAAAACCAGAUUAGUACUCCUGCAACAAUAAUUGUACAACAACAAUUUUAAUUGCAUUAGUUUUGGUGGAUCAUUGAUUUACCAUUUAAAGGACUAGCGUAUUUGGUAGAAUCACCCCUUUUCAGCCUUUUUGUUGUCCACAUCUGCUGUAUAUAUCUUGAAAACUUCCUUGCUAUUUUUAUGCUCAAGCCAUGUUUUAAAAUCUUUACUUUUUAAAGACAUCACUUUCUUUCUCUUUUUCAUGGAAAUUCCUUCAAAGGUUACACUUUCCAUCAAAGAUCUCAGUGACAAUGGCAAAACAAGGGACUUCAUAGUUUUGAUGUUUGUCAAUUGUCAUAUUAGAGCUCCCUUGAGUUGCAGAUGUUGCCUUAUAUUUGGAUCCUCCUUAGACCAGCACAAACUAUAUUGUUCUUCUACUUCCCCUAAAACCUCACCAGCUGAUGUUAAAGACCAAGCAAACUCUACGGACCAGCGUUUGUAUAUUAAUGGGUAGUUGCAGAUGACCUGGAGAUUCUAAAGUUGAUUGGUGCAAAUGCAUUUUUUUUUUCUUGAAAAGAGGUUAAUUAAUUUGUAAUGUUUGGUGAACAGUCACAUUUCUUGUAUCUUGAGGAGAAUAUCAACAUUAUUCAGGGAUUUAAAUUGCAUAAUGAGUGUCCAAUUACCAAUUCUUCCAUUUUAAUGUGGGGGUAAAAUGUUAAAAGCAAACUUUUACAUUACCAAACAGACACAACUGGCUCUGUCUUUAAGCAGCUUUGUGUCUGAGGGCUUGAGGCUCUUCCUUGUUGUCUAAUCAUAGAUUUUCAUAAUGCAUUAAUUGGGAAACUUAAACUUUGUCUUGACAAGUUACCAUCUAAACCAUAGCAAAAUGAAAAUGCAUCUAAAGUUGUCACUCAACAUUCAUUUUUCAUUCCACAAUGGUUCUAAUCAGUCAAUGCAUUAUUGCUACUGCAACACUUAGUCCAGCAAGCUGCUUGUACAGUUUGCAUGUUGCUUGUGAUGUUUGACUUUGACUAAGCUCUUCUAGGUCAGUAUGUUUGUUAAAGUCAAACAAAAUGUUUUCUAGUAUCUCCCAGAAAGUGAAAAAAAAAAAAAAAAAAGAAUAUUUCUGUAUUAAGGACACAAGUCUUCUUUUUAUGACCAAAUUGAAUGUAUCCUAUUGAUAAAAUGAAACUGGGUCCUAAUUGAGUGCUAACAUUUUCUGUAAUUUAUGCUUGAUCGCCUAAGAAUGCUAGAAUGUGGAUUGACUCUGGAUUUGACUAAAUGCUUGAUUGAAUGAUCAAGUCUUGAUUGAUUGUUUGAUGUCUUUAUUUUCUAUGCUACACAGCAUGAUCGAGAUCUUGUAUGUGGAAUUGCUUGUUGCUAGAGGCAGAGCUGCGUAGCCCUGCUGCAAUUGAACACAAUAUACUGCUAUAUAUUACUGAAUCCCUGAAUAUGUAAAGUAGCAUAAACUAAUUUCUGAAUGGUGAAUUUUUAUCUUUUGGGCAAUAUGUGACCAUUGAUGGUCUGGCUGUGUAUUUAAGAUAUAAUGGUCAUUGCAGGAGAUCAGUAUUUUUAUGCUCUUUGAUGGUUGAACGUUCUGCUGCAUGUUUUUAAAAGUGCUGGAAAAAUGGCAGAGCUAUGAUUGAGUUUGAGAAUUUGUAUUUUAAUUUUGUGCUGCAUUGUUUAUUUGUUCCCCUUAUUCUAGUAUCACUGAGUGAGAAUACGUGGGGAUGAUUUUAUGGUUAUUGCAUAUCAAUGAUAAAACCUUCAGUCAGAAGGGUCUUUAUGGAAUAUAUAGAAUUAUAUACACUGUCUGCAAGAAUCAGUUAAUUUCCUGGACUGCUUUAUGUCUCUUGCUGUAUUUCACACUCUGAAAACUGACCAUGAAACCAGCGCUUAAUUUAGAGGGUGUGGUCUUUAAUUUCUUACCCUCUUGUCUUUAUUUGGGUUGUUCUGUAGGUUUCAUAACUUUUGAAAGGACACAUUUGCGUUUUCUUGAAGAUUAUCAAUGCACCUUUUACAAGUUGUUCAAAUACACACUGAAUGACUGCUCUGUUGUUUGCCUGUGAGAGUUUGUGACUCUUUCAGAAAGUGUUUCACCUAACCAGAAGUAGACUAGUCUUAAGACUUUUGGGUCUCUAUUUACCUGCUAUAAGCUAAAUAAAUAAUUUCACUUGUAUAAAGGAGUUUAUUUACACUGAUGCUUGUGCUCACAAAGUGUGCAAGAGAGGAGAGGUCUUUUGCUGUUCAUUCAGAUUGUCAGUUAUGUAAUAUGCAAAGCUGAUCAUGUUUGUUUAGAGAUGAUUUGUGAAUACUGCUUGGGGUUUUCACUGAUGUCACAUUCUGCUGUGGGAGGUUGAAGUUUGUCUUCUCUCUGCCUUAAGCUUGAGUUGUAUGUAGAGUGGGUUUGUGUAUAUCUUCCUGCGCUCAUAGAGCACCAUUCACUGGUUUAUUUGUCUGAUAGAUUGCUUUUGAGGUGGGGCACACUUUGACCUGUUAAACGUCCUGAAUAAAACACCAGGUCAUU